UACGCGCUGCCAUUCCUGUUCAUUCGCUUUUGUGCCACUCGUCCCUGUGGCGACAAGGGUGACGACUCGAGCGCUGCAGGCCACCUUCUCCUCCGCCAGGAGCGACAGGUGCUCUAUUACCUGCGCCUCAUUGAGCAUGAGAUGCCCAAGCUCGUUACGUACCGCAAACCGUUCCUGCCACCCAGUCCGUCUAUGCCAUUGGUGGUCCGUUCAAUGUCGUACGGAGGGGAGAAACAUCCAGCAGAAUUGAAACGGACGAUUGUCGUACCAGUUUCCCGUCUCCCUCUGAACGGAAGUGCGGCUAUCCAUAAGUUCAAGCUACUGGCUGGUCCUCGCUGGACACCCGAGCCGCCACAUGAUUCCGGGAUCGGAAAGCAAGAGGAUGAGGAUGGUGAAGAGCACGGCUACUUCAAGAUUUCGUGUGAAGACUUCCCCAAGCCCGCGAUGAACUUGAAGUGGGCUAGCGACGCGUUGGAUAGGCUGCUGGCUGAAGCAAACAACCUCGAGGACACAUUCGAAGAUGUUCCUAUUGAUACUCGACACGUAGAGGCUAAGGUGCGGAAGGCGAAGAAGGGAGAUCACGUCUAUGGACGUGGUGGCCGCCGCCCGACGAUCAAAGAUUUCCCGAAGGAAUGGCUGCCCAGCCCGCCACCACAGGCUGCGCCUACCACUACCUCAUCUACGCCGCAAUAGAUGAUUGCUC